GGGGGGGCCGAGAAGACGGACGCCCCCGUUGUCAUCGUCGAAGAGCACUCUUCCUCCUCCCCUUCGGGAAAUAUCCUCCCUCCUCCCGGGGGCCAGGAUAACAGCCUGGCUUGGCCCCGGGAUGAUGUGCAGUUCUCUAUCACCAAGGGAACUGCCAUCAUGCACGGCACCCUCAACCCGAGGGAGUUCCUAAAGGGUGCCACGCCCCCGACUGACAAGUCGGUGCUGUCGAGGGCCAAGGAUGACGCCCUCAGCGCCAAAGUGCUCCAAGCCUCUGUCACCGCUGCCCUCGGUCUUGGAGAGCUGCUCCAGAGGAUGGAGCAAUAUCAGGCGCAGAAGCGCCAGGCUGAUGAGGCCCUGGCGGAGUCCCGGCGGCAACUUCAAGAAGCUCAAGAGACCCUCCGGCUGGAGAAGAUGGCGUUCAAUAGCAUCCUCGAGAAUAACAAAGUGAUCGCCAGAGCCGAGGGGAAGGCUGACGCAGAGAGGGCCGCUGCCGAAGCAGCCAAGAUUGCCGCCGAGGAGGCCGAGGCAACCAAGAAGGAAGCUGUCGCCGAGGCUGAGAAGAACGCCGUCGCCGCCUUUGUCGCUGAGGGCUGGAGGGCCGAGGACCGGAAAGAAUGGGUGGCCUCGGUCAUAGAGCAGGGCGUCGAGGGCUGGGUGGCAGGCCCCGGAUCUGAAUGGAUGGCCCUGAAGGGCAAAAACUAUUUUGACGGGGGCGAAUUUUUUACCCAGCGUCUGAUCUACAGGAAGCUGGCCGGCCACUUUGGCGUUGACCCUAGCCACUUCGAUCCCUCGGCCUACGGCCUUCCUCCUCGUCAGCCUGAUGUCCGGAAUCCCCUCCCGGAGGGCGAAGAGAGGCGCCAGCUCUCGGAUUCUGAGUUGAUGAGGGAAUGCGGCCUCGCAGAUGAGGAUGAAACUGCUGAUGAUGCCACCACUGAGCCCAAGACCGACGGAGUCCAAGGAGCUUAGACUCAGGAUCUUUUCGAUGUAUUAUUUUUAAUAGCCUGUAUCCCUCGG